CGACCGUCGUCUUGCUCGGUUGCUCCUCCGCUGCCACACCAACCAGGCAACCAGUGAUCCCAGUCAUGGCCGCCGCCGCCACCGCCGGCGAAUUCCGCCUGGGCCAGCGUGUGCACGCCGUCGGAGACCCCCGCCGGAUAGGCACGGUGCGAUACCUGGGACCCGUCGAGGGUCACUCCGGCGACUGGGUCGGCGUCGACUGGGACGAUGGCGCCGGCGGCCGACACGACGGCUCUGUCGCCGGCCGCAGAUACUUCGUCGCCGCGGGGGAGCGCUCGGCCUCCUUCGCGCGCCCCACCGCGCUCAGCAAAGGGAUGUCGCUCCCGGACGCGCUCCGCCUCCGCUACCGCGUCGAGGACUUCACCAAGGAGGAACAGGAUGAAAUGUAUGUCUUUUCAACAAGCCAGAAGCGUGUGUCAGUUGAAUUCGUUGGCCAGAACAAGGUUCAGGAGAAGCUCAAGAACUUCAACGACCUCACCAGUGCAUCAGUUUCCUACAUGGGAGUAAGCUCAAUUGGACCACCAGAGGAACUCAAGAGUUUGGUUCCAAAUCUCAGGCUUCUUGAUUUAAGUGGAAAUCUAUUCUCGCAAUGGCAAGAUAUAUCGGCUCUUUGUCAAGCUCUGGCAUCUGUGGAAGUCCUUAAUUUGACAAACAAUAUCAUGGAGAACGAUGUCACAGAAAGUCCAAUGCUAGAAAAUAUCCGUAUUUUGGUUCUCAACAACUGCGGAGUAACAUGGGAACUGGUUGAAAAAUUUAAAGUCUCAUUUACAUGUCUCAACGAGCUCCAUCUAAUGUCGAAUAAGCUGAAGAUGAUCAUGACUCCAGAUGGAAAAUUUGUGCAAGGUUUCAAUGCAUUGCGGCUCUUAAAUUUGGAGGACAAUAAUAUUGAUUCAUGGGAUGAAAUUGUGAAAUUGUCUUAUUUAAAAAGUUUGGAACAACUCCAUUUGAACAAAAACAGGAUCAAGCUUGUAAAGUAUCCAUCUAAUCAUCCAUCACAUGGACCUCUUGAUGAUGCAUCUGCUGUGCCAUUUGAAAAUCUGCAAGUCCUUUUAUUAGGUUCUAAUGAGAUCGAUGACUUUUCUUCAGUUGAUUCUCUUAACCUCUUCCCAAGUUUAAGGGAUGUCAGGCUUUCUGAUAAUCCUAUAGCCAAUCCUGCCAAGGGUGGUGCUCCCCGAUUCGUGCUUGUUGCUCGGCUUGGCAAAGUUAAAAUACUAAAUGGCAGUGAGGUAAGCCCACGUGAACGGAGGGAAUCAGAAAUACGAUAUGUUCGCCUUGUUAUGGGAAAAACACAAUCAAAUGACCAAGAAGAGAUCAAACGGCUGCACCCUAGAUUUGCUGAACUCAAGGCCUUUCAUGGUAUUGAAGAUGAGAAGCCAACUUCGAGCACAUCAGGCCCGCAAAAGAUGUCUUCUGGUCUUAUAAAUAUCACCUUGAAAUGUGUGGGGCCAUCUAUGGGUGAAAAGCAACCAUUGACAAAGAAGCUGCCUCCUACAACAACUGUCGGGAAGUUGAAAUCGUUGUGCGAGAGCUUCUUUAAACUGAAGGACAUAAGAGUGAAACUAUUUGUCGAGGAGGAGGGAUGCCCCCUACCACAACUCCUGGAGGAGGACACGGCUUCUCUGAUGGAGCUUGGGAUCGAUUCGGGAGCAAACAUUGUUGUGGACGAAGAGAGCUAGCCGGUCGUCAUUAUAGCAGCGGAACCAAGCAACUCUAUCACGCAAACUACACUUGCAGCUGUUGUUAAUGCAUGAAGAGAAGAUGACUAGGACUACACUGCUCUUGAUUGCCCUGUAUAUUUAUUUAUUUAUUUCUGUGAGCAAAUGCGCACUUGGUGAAUCUUGUUGUGUAUGGCUAGAAAAAGCAUCAGCGGUUCAGCAUUGUAUUGUAACAACACUGUCAAGAGAGGUUUCAGCUCUUUUUUUCUUUCGAACAA